UGCGAGCUCACAUGAGCAGGUCCAGCUCCAUCCGCAAUGAUGCUGCGCAGGGCAUUGUCGCUGCUCCUUGUUCAGCUUGGACUUGUCUGCGGGCAAAGCGAUGGGAGCGAUGCGAACUGUUCUAGCCACGAGAAGUGCUUGGAGAUCCUUGCCCAUGUCACUUCAGAGAGACAAAAGAAGGAGGUGGAAGCUUUGGAACUGGUCGGACGUGCAAAGAUCACAUCUGAAAAAGCCACAGAGUCGCAGGUCCAAAGCAGAGCUUCUUUGGAUCGCGCCCAAGCUGCAGAAGAGGAACAGGCCAAGUGGCAAGACAAAGCAGAUCAGCUCAGAGAGCAACUGAGGCUCUUGGAUUUCAAGCUGCAGUCUUCAACUGCUGCACAAGAGGAAGCGGUAGCUGCAGCAAAACGAGAAGUUGCGGCCAAAAAUGCAGCGCUUGAAGAUCAGAAACAUGAAGCAGCGAUGUCGACAAUGCCAGCGCAGGAGCGCUGCCUGGCUGACUUUGCCUCAUGCACGGCUGGAUUGAUUUCACUGCAAGUGCAGCAGUGGAUGGCUUGUCUACACAUGUUCAACAGGUUUUUCGUGGCCUGCGGCAGCAUCUUGCUGGGCUUGCUGCUUCUCCUCUCGCCUGCUGACGGCCAGGCGAUUGGUUUCGCGUUUGCGACCCUGGUCAUUGUGCCGGUGUUGGUGGCUGGAGCUUUCAAGGACUUCCUCCGUUUGGUCGGCUCUCCUCCGGCUCUGCUGGUGAUACUUGCAGGGCUUCUGACCAUGGUGAUCGCUGUGGCAUUUCUAUGGCAAGGGGCGGAUGGCCUGCGGCUGCUGCUUGGAGCAGGGUUGGCUGUGCUCUUUGGCGAUUUGCUCUUGGUGAUCCUCCAUGAGCUGCUCCCGGUGCCUCCGAUUCUGGUGGCGCUGUCGGCCUUGGCCUUGGGCCUCUUCGGUGCGGCUGCCGGGCUCCAGCGACGGAGUGCCACUGAAGCCUUCGCGAUGGCCGUGCCUGCUGCCCUACUCGUUGCAUCUGGUGUCGUGUUGAUCUUCAGUCUGGCUUUGAGCCCUGAGGCAUAUUUGGAAGACGUUGCCUUUGAGCUUGUGCCUUGGGCACAUUAUGGAGACAAGGUGGGCAGUUUUUUUUGCACAUCGGGUCGAUUACUUUGGUUGGUUCUUCAGUUACCAGCUCUGAUUCGCCUAUUGCUGGCUUCACCGGAUGUCCCUGUGGUUUUGCCGUGGAAGUCGGAGCGACCGCAGGAGGCAACAGCACGACAGGAAGAGCCACAGGAUGCAAAAGAUGAGAGAGAUGAGAGAGAUGUGGAGAAGAGCCCCGGAGUCGCACAAGAGGAACUUUGGGCCAACACAGAGGCAGGACAGCAGGCCCGAGCAGAGGCCGCAGCUGCAGCUGACGCAGCCGUUCCAGAGGGUGAGUUGGAUCCCGUGGCAACGACUCAGCUUCUACAACGCACUGUGCAAGCGCUACAGGCGUUGGAAAAUUCCUUGCCACCCAGUACUGCCCUCGCUGGAGUCGUGGAGGCGGACGUACCUCCCACGCACUUGGCGCAGGCACGAAGUGGCACCGGUCGUUGAUAUCUCAUGACCGCAGUUUCACAGAGGCUCCUCUCAAAGCUUCACCGAGAUCGGUUUAGGGUGCACAAAAAAA